GGAAGGGACGGCGGGGCCGGAGCGGAAGUGAGGUGCCGCCGGCUCCCGCGGCAGGGAGCGGAGCGGGCGGCAGCUGGCGCGGCCGGACUGCCACCGAUCAAGGCAAAAUGGCUUUCAGUAAAGGAUAUCGUGUCUAUCACAAGCUGGAUCCACUCCCGUUCAGCGUGAUAGUGGAAGCCAGAAACAGAGAAGAAUGUCUCAUGUUUGAAUCUGGAGCUGUGGCUGUCCUCUCAUCUGCGGAAAAAGAUACAAUCAAGAAUACCUACUCCAAAGUAAUGGAUGCAUAUGGGCUUCUGGGAGUAUUAAGAUUAAACCUGGGAGACACGUUGCUACAUUAUUUGGUUCUAGUAACAGGAUGCAUGUCUGUGGGAAAGAUUCAAGACUCUGAAGUCUUUCGAGUUACCUCCACUGAAUUCGUAUCGUUACGAAUCGAAUCAACAGACGAAGAUCGUAUUUCAGAAGUGCGCAAAGUUUUGAAUUCAGGCAACUUUUAUUUUGCAUGGUCUGCCACUGGUGUCAGCUUAGAUCUUAGUCUCAAUGCUCACCGCAGCAUGCAAGAGCACACCACUGACAACAGGUUUUUCUGGAAUCAGUCACUGCAUUUACAUCUGAAGCACUACGGUGUGAAUUGUGAUGACUGGUUGUUACGUCUCAUGUGUGGAGGAGUGGAGAUAAGGACAAUUUAUGCAGCUCACAAGCAGGCAAAAGCUUGUCUCAUUUCACGACUAAGCUGUGAGCGAGCUGGGACCAGGUUUAACGUCCGGGGAACCAACGAUGAUGGCCACGUUGCUAAUUUUGUUGAAACAGAGCAGGUGAUAUAUUUAGAUGAUUCUGUGUCAUCUUUCAUCCAGAUUCGAGGGUCUGUUCCUUUGUUUUGGGAGCAACCAGGCCUGCAGGUGGGGUCCCAUCGUGUCAGAAUGUCAAGGGGUUUCGAGGCAAAUGCACCAGCUUUUGACAGGCAUUUCCGAACUCUUAAAAACUUAUAUGGCAAACAAAUUAUUGUGAAUUUACUUGGUGCAAAAGAAGGGGAGCACAUGCUCAGCAAAGCUUUUCAGAGCCACUUAAAAGCAUCUGAACAUUCAGCUGAUAUCAAAAUGGUGAACUUUGACUAUCAUCAAAUGGUUAAAGGUGGAAAGGCAGAAAAACUACACAGUGUGCUUAAGCCUCAAGUCCAGAAAUUCUUAGAAUGUGGAUUUUUUUAUUUUGAUGGAAAGGAAGUUAAAAGAUCUCAAAGUGGUACUGUCAGAACAAACUGCUUGGACUGUCUGGAUAGAACAAACAGCGUGCAGGCUUUCUUUGGCUUAGAGAUGCUAACAAAACAACUGGAGGUGUUAGGAUUAGCUGAGAAGCCUCAGCUGGUUACUCGCUUUCAGGAAGUUUUCCGAUCCAUGUGGUCUGUGAAUGGAGAUUCAGUCAGUAAAAUUUAUGCUGGGACUGGAGCCCUUGAAGGAAAAGCUAAGGCUGGAAAGCUGAAGGAUGGUGCUCGUUCUGUGACCAGAACGAUUCAAAAUAACUUUUUUGAUAGCUCCAAGCAGGAGGCCAUUGAUGUUUUGUUAUUGGGAAAUACCUUAAAUAGUGAUUUAGCAGAUAAAGCACGGGCUCUCUUAACCACCAGCAGUUUACGCGUUUCAGAGCAGUCAUUACAAUCAGCAUCUGUAAAAGUGCUGAAGAGUAUGUGUGAAAACUUUUAUAAGUAUGCGAAACCCAAAAAAGUUCGAGUCUGCGUUGGGACGUGGAACGUCAAUGGGGGGAAGCAGUUUCGAAGUAUUGCCUUUAAAAAUCAGACCCUCACUGACUGGCUUCUAGAUGCACCAAGCAUAGCUGGUAUUCAUGAAUUCCAAGAUCGAAGAAGCAAACCUGUAGACAUAUUUGCCAUUGGAUUUGAAGAAAUGGUGGAGUUAAAUGCAGGAAACAUUGUGAAUGCAAGCACAACCAAUCAGAAGCUCUGGGCUGCAGAACUGCAGAAGACCAUAUCGAGAGAUUACAAGUAUGUGCUGCUGGCUUCCGAGCAGUUAGUGGGUGUCUGCCUCUUUGUGUUCAUCAGGCCCCAGCAUGCUCCCUUUAUCAGGGACGUUGCUGUUGAUACUGUAAAGACUGGCAUGGGAGGAGCCACUGGUAAUAAAGGUGCAGUAGCAAUUCGGAUGCUGUUUCAUACAUCCAGUCUUUGCUUUGUCUGCAGCCAUUUUGCUGCAGGGCAAUCACAAGUUAAAGAAAGAAAUGAAGACUUCAUAGAAAUAGCUCGCAAGCUUAGUUUUCCAAUGGGAAGGAUGCUUUUUUCCCAUGACUACAUCUUUUGGUGUGGUGACUUUAAUUACCGAAUAGAUAUUCCUAAUGAGGAGGUUAAGGAGCUAAUCCGACAGCAAAACUGGGAUUCCCUUAUAGCAGGAGACCAGCUUAUCAAUCAGAAAAAUUCUGGACAGAUUUUUAGGGGAUUUUUAGAGGGGAAAAUAAAUUUUGCUCCUACAUACAAGUAUGAUCUGUUUUCUGAUGACUAUGACACCAGUGAAAAAUGUCGCACGCCAGCUUGGACGGAUCGUAUUCUUUGGAGAAGAAGAAAAUGGCCCUUUGACCGAUCAGCUGAAGACCUGGAUCUUCUGAAUGCUAGCUUUCACGAUAACAGUAAAGUCCCUUAUACGUGGAAUCCUGGUACUUUGUUGCACUACGGAAGAGCAGAGCUGAAGACAUCUGACCACAGGCCUGUGGUGGCGUUGAUUGACAUUGACAUAUUUGAAAUCGAAGCAGAAGAGAGACAGAAAGUUUAUAAAGAGGUGAUUGCAACACAGGGACCACCUGAUGGCACAGUAAUGGUCUCCAUCAAAAGUUCUUCAGCAGAAGAAAACUACUUUGAUGAUAACUUGAUUGAUGAUCUUCUUCAAAAAUUUGCAAACUACGGAGAGGUUAUACUUAUAAGAUUCGUGGCAGACAAGAUGUGGGUAACGUUUUUGGAAGGAAGCUCUGCUUUGAAUGUUAUGAAUUUGAACGGUACUGAGAUACUAGGAAGGAUUAUAAACAUAAGCUUAAAAAAUCCAGACUGGAUCAGAAGUUUGGAGGAUGAAAUGAAUCUAGAGAAGAUUAACGUUGGGCUGCCUUCGUCAACAAGCUCUACUUUGCUUUGUGAAGAUGCUGAGGUUACUGCAGACUAUGAUAUGGAAGGUGACAUUGAUGACUAUAGUGCUGAAGUAGAAGAAAUCCUUCCUCAGCACCUGCAGCCAACCUCAAGCUCUGGCCUCGGAACCUCCCCGAGCUCCUCACCACGUUCCAGUCCCUGUCAGUCCCCUACGCUGUCAGAUGGACCCACGCUCCCAGUGAGACCGAGCCGAGCCCCAGCAAAAACUCCUGGACCACCAGUUUCCGUGCACAAUGAAACUCAACUUGGUACCCAACAGAAAGAUACUUCUCAGACCUUGGAGCCCAAGCGCCCUCCACCGCCUCGCCCUGUUGCUCCUCCUGCACGUCCUGCUCCACCACAGAGACCGCCUCCACCAUCAGGCGGUAGGAGUCCUGCACCUGCUAGAAAGGAGUUUGGAGGUCUUGGAGCUCCUCCCAGUCCUGGGGUAGCUAAGAGAGAAGUAGAAGCACAAAAAAGUCCUGGAACACAAAGAAAAGAUAACUUAGUUCGUAGUCAGCCUCCACCUUCAACUGGAUUUUCAAGUGCAGGAACUGUUGGAUAUGCUGCUGCUCGACCGACUAUUCCACCUCGAGCUGGAGUUAUUAGCGCACCACAAAGCCAUGUCCGCCCCUCUGGUGGAAGACCAACACCUGAACCUCAAACCAAACCAGCUGAACCACCAAGGGGCUCCCCGUUGCUUCCUGAACCACUAAAGCCUCAGGCUGCUCCUGCCCAGCCCGUGACUCAGCCACCACCUGCGCUAAAGAUGCAAGAGCCUUUGAUACCCGUGGCAUCACAUCCACCUCAGACAAGUGCCCCACCAAGUCUGGAACCGCCCCCACAACCACCUCCUCGUAGCCGAUCAUCCCACACUUUGCCUUCUGAAUCUGCUCCUUCACAGCAGCAAAUUAAAACAAAUGGAACCUAUGGCACUAAACUUGAAACACAGUUAAAUAGCGACCCUUUUGAAGAUUUGUCAUUUCAGCUGCUUGUGUCAAAGAUGCAGACAUCUGCUCGAACAUCAGCUGUUCCAACCUUAAACCAAAAGGAAACGAUGCAGUUGCCUUCCGCAACACAAAGAAAUGAUAUUUUGAAUACUGUAAGUUGCAUGCCAGCAAUGCCUCCUGCUCCAACCCUUAACAUAUCCCAGGAACACACGCGCAGCUCUCCAAAUCCAUUUGUUACUGGGCUGAACAGCACAAAUCCAUUCACUGAAAGAACGCUUACUGCUGGAAACCCAUUUAGAACAGAAACUCGAGAACCUGAAAUAACUUCACAUUUACAGGAAGGACACGCCGCUUUCAAUCCCUUCCCUUCUCUAAAUCCCUCCAGUUCUAAUACGAGCAAGCCUGUAUUUUCUGUUGAUGCACCUGAAAACAGUUUUUGCUUGCGAAGUAGAUCUCUCAUGGUAAAACAUGUACAGCCAAAAGGAUGGGUAACUUUUGACGAGGAGGAUGAGAAUUUCCACGUAAAGCUAAAGCCAUCUAAAAGUGUUCCAGAUUUUAAGCAAAUCGGUUCCAGGAAGUCAGCUGGAUCUCCAGAUUUGCUGGGCACUGAACAAAAUACUUUUCUUGGUUCAGACUUUACCUUUGGUAAUGACUGGAAUAAAAGUUCUACUGAUUGUUUCUAUACGAUGCCAGCAAGAAGACCGCCUGCACCUCCUGUCCCAUCGAGAGUAACCAGCAACAGAUCCCCUGCAGAUCCUUUCACUUCUUUGGCACCUAAGGUGUCGCCAACGCAAGAUUUUACAGAAAGAUAGAUCUUCAAAACAUAUAAGAGGUUAUAUUUGUUGCUACGUUUAUCCAGUAGAAUAAUUGGGCAUUUGAGAUUAUUCUGUGUGCAAUAAUUACUUGGCAAAUGCACUGAAACUUUACUCGUAAACAGCCACUAUUAUUUGUGUAUAAAUUUUGAAUAUGUAUAUAUGGUAGAGCACAAAAAAUGGUGUGAAGUUUAUUAAAAUCCCAACGUAAUCGUAUUUGAAUAGACGGGAAAGAAAGAAGGAUGAGCUACUAAUCUCAGUAAAAUAUACCAAUCCUGGAAAUAGUUUUUUUGCCUCGGGAGCUCUCUCUGUUGCGUUCCCCUUUGUGGAAUUUCAGAGAAGGGAGCUCCCUGCUGGUAGCCUUCCCACUCCCUUUUUACUGUUUUGUUAAUUGCUAUUUAUAAGUAUUUACCAAAGAGCUGCCAAAGUUUAUUGAGAUUUGAAUGUUGACAAGUAUUGUUUAGAAGUUAAUUUAUAACAGAAGCUAUGGAGAUUUGUAAGGCUUAUAUUUGAAUUUGAGGCACAACAGGAAUAGUUUAAUUUCGAAAUGCAAACAAUACUUUGUAUAUUAAUAUAUUCAAUAUUUGACUUUAAUUUUCUGUGUCAGUACAUUUCAGCUGUUAAAUAUUAUUGUGACAUAUAUUCACCAUCAUUAAUUCAGAAUUACUGUUCCAUAUCAUCCAUUUAUUCACUGCUAUUUUAGAAUUUUAUUUUUUUUUUCCCCACAAAUUGGAAACAACUGAUAGAAGUUUUCCUUCAACCUCUGGAAAAAAUCCCCUUGAAUUUUGAUAAAGCAAGCAGUCUUUUCCCAGUUGCAGACAACAUACUGCCAUUAGCUCGUCCCACUCUUCUUUCAUGUGUCGGAAGGGCUUUCUUGUCCUACAGAAGGACCUGGGUGAAAGAACUGGCAGUCAUGUUACAGCAGCAGAGGAGAAAGUCAUCUUACACGUUCCGGCUGUCCUCCCAGCAUCCUUCCUGUCUACUGUUAUGCUUACUGCUGAGUUUUCAAAACCUUGCCUUCAAAGGAGAGAACAUUCUCUGAGCUGAAUGAUAUCAUUCUGUCACUUUUGCAGUCAAACUAAACAAGUGACCCUUCGUCCCCCAGAGGCGGUGACCGUCCCGCGUUUGGUGCUGCUUCGAGGCCAGCAAAGCCUAAGUCAUGGUUCUGCACAUUAUGCUAUAAGAAGGCAACUCUGUGCUCUUAUGUUUUCUAAAGCUCACAUAACCUUACAUAAAACGUGGUAUUUUGUUAUGUCGAGGCGAUUUAAAAGAACUGAUUUCCUUAGCUCUGCUUACACAUGUUAAAACCCCCUGCUGUUCUCCUUACAAUUCAUGCUAUCUUGGCACAUAACUUUUAUAUGCAGAUGUGUACUUCCAUCAAAAGCUGAACGUGGCACAAUGUUGUCAUCUCUUGGGGGACUGCAAACACCUGCCUACAACGCUCACUGGCUUUCCUUGCAAACAAGCCAUACUGGUUCUGCAAAACCAGUGACCGAAACUCAACAUAUUAGCAUUAUAUUUAUAGCAGCAAAACACACAAUGACAGUACUUUUAAAAAAUCCUCAAAUGCUAUUGGAAGGUUAUUUAUAAAACGAUCCACUCUUCCUUUAACACUGUCUGGUUAGCCAUGAGCUGCAGUUGGAUAGAGGAGUGACUAUAGUGAAUUUUAUAUCGUGCUUUUUUUUUUUUCUGUUCAGCUCAUUAAACAGUACUUGUACAUUUUAAACAGCAGUGGUACUCUAACCUUUGUGCUUCGGUAUGUGGAUUACCUUGUUUUACACUGUUGCUAUAAACAUCUGUGUGAUCAGUGUUUUGGUAUAUUCUUACAUUAGCAAAACAUUUUGGGGGGAAACUUUUUCCUAGUGGGAGUUACGUGAUAAAUAUGUUCUUUGUUGAAUAUUUAAUUACAGUGAUUGAAAACUACUGUCUAAAAUGCACCUGGUAUACAGCACCUCUGCACUAUACAGGAUUACGGAGAUGGACAGCAAAGUACUGCAAAGAUCACGAGAACUGUUCCAAAACUGUAGUGUGUGUAUAUAUAUAUUGCUAACCACUGUAACGUGUAUUAACGAAAAGAAUUACUAGCAGAAGUUCUGAACAUUACUAAGAAUUAAAAAUAGAAACGCUCAACACAUUUACACAAAUUCCAUGUUCCCUGUGGUAAACUGCUCUGUUAAAUGUAACAGUUUUAUUGCUUGUGGCACACAAUAUCUAUGGCUGUAUACUUUACAGAACUGCAGUAUUGAAACUCAGUGGCGUACAACAUUCCGUAUAUACCCUGUGGAAGACGGUGUUGUAUUAACAAAAUAAACAUACCUGCCCUUAAGAACUCA